AUGUAUCAAUUCCACCAAGAACAACACUCCUAUGCUCUGCAAGCAGCACAAGCAAGAGAGCUAAAAUCAAAUCAAAGUUGGGUUAUGACCACGUCCAACACCGAUAGUUUUGUCAAGCUACCAAACGAACGGAUACUCUUCACAUCGCCCCCACGAGUUAGUCUGCAGAUUUCAACACCAAAUACAUUCCCAGGAGCCGAGCCAUUAUCGAUCAAGAGCGAUGCUGGAAUUGUCUAUAUCACGAAUCAACGAAUAGUGUAUCUACCAUCAUCACCCACCCCAGCGCUCCAAUCGUUUUCGUCACCCAUCCUCAACCUUCAAGAUACCUAUGUACGAGCACCAUUCUUUGGAGCGAAUUAUUGGGUGGGAACAUGUAAACCAGUCUCUGGGGGUGGUAUACCACCAGCUCAUGCGGCCGUCGAACUGAAAUUUACUUUCCGAGAAGGAGGAGCUUUCGACUAUCACACCACAUUUGAGCAAAUAAAGGAGAGACUACAGCAAGCAUAUUCUGUAGCACGAGAAAGUGGACAACAUGGAGCAGGAAAUGUAGACCUGGCAAACGUCCACUUGGAGCAACUGCCAGCAUAUGAGCCUGCUCGAGAAGUUGAGCCGGAGGAUGACGGACCCACGAUUCUGAGUCCAAUACCAACUCGGCCAGGUAGAGACAGUGGCAUCGAUGGAGUGAGAAGUCCACCUGAGACGGACUCACCAAAGCUAGAACAAUCAGCUCCGGACGAACCUCCGCCAGGUUAUGAGGAAGCUCAGGCACAAGCCGUGGGUGUUGACUUAGAUCGAAGAUUGAGGGACGAGGCCGAACGGCAA